GGAGACAAAGAGCAAAGAGAGGGACAGAGGACAAGUCGGUCUUUUUAGGUGCAGGUCGUUUAAAACACACAUCUAAUUACCACUGAGGCAGAGGAAUGUCUGCCACCUGCGCACAAUUGCAAACAUUCACAACCCUCCAGCCAGGAACUUCUCAAAGUUUUUAUUUGAGCCCGUAAUUGAAGAGCUACACGUCUGUUCUCACUCACCCUGGUUCCUCUUCAGACCAGCAGAGUUCCUCCAGGCCAAAAGGAGGCAGAAUUGAGCAGAUGGAGCGACAAAUGCGACAUAUCUCCUCCUCCUCUUCCAGCACCACGACUACAUCUUCUUUCUCCUCUUCCUCCUCCACCUCCUCCUCCAGUAUCUCCACCAUGAGUUCCACCAAACUGCGAAAAGUUUCCCAAGAGAACUCAGGAGUUCAGCAUAAGACAUCAGCCGUGCUGGAGACCUUCAGCCAGGUACAGAAAUCUCCUCACAUUCCCCAGGGAGAAUCUGUCCCAGAUUUUGAGGAGAAGCCACGUCCCGUCACUGCCCAGGAGGGUGAGGACAUAGUGUUUAAGGCUAAAGUGACUGGGAAUCCUCAGCCCACUGUCAGCUGGGAGCGAGGCCGUGGGUGCCCGCUGUCAGACGCUGCUAAAAGUUUUUGUGACAGCAACAACAAUCAGUUCAUGCUGAAGAUCAAGAACCUCACCCUGGAUGACGCCGACGUCUACAAGUGCAUUGUUUCCAACAAGCACGGAGAAGCUACUGGCUCUGUAUCACUGAUCGUGACUGAAAAUCCGGCGUUGGACUUCAAAAAGAAGUUGAAGAAACGUAGUGUGGAGAAAAAAGAAGAGAAGAAGCCUCCAACAGAGGAGGAGAUGUUAAAGAUCUUGGCUGGAGCUGACAAAAAGGACUAUGAGAGGAUCUGUGCGGAGUACGGCUUCACUGACUUCAGAGGCAUUCUGAGGAGAUUAAAAGAAAUGAAGAAGAAAGUGGAUGUGGAGAUGGUGCGUGUUUUGAAGCCUCUGGAGGACAUCACUGCCAAAGCCGACAGUAACGUCAUCUUUGAUACCAUUCUAGAACUGAAAGAUCCCAACAUGAGGAUGAACUGGUUCUUGGUAAACUUCAUCUGUGUGCCAACAUUUGCUUGUACUUGGUUGACAGACAGCAGGCACUCCAGGGAAGAGCAAACUAUGGGCACGGAGCUGCUGAGAAUCCAGUAUUCUCACGGGAAAUAUGAAGUAAAGCAGAUGGGAACCAAACACAUGCUGUGCAUUUCCAGCGUGAGCCUCAGUGACAUGGGAAUGUAUUCACUGCAGGUUGGAGACAAGAAACUGGCAGCCAAGCUUCACGUCAUCGAUGAACCUCUGAAAUUCCUGUCUGACUUCAAACCGCAGAAGGUGACGGAGCGUCAGACUGCCGUGUUUGAGGUCCGACUCUCGAAGAAAACAGAUGCUCCUCUCAUCUGGAAGGUGAAGGGAAAGGAAGUGAAAAGAGAUGAAAAGUUUGAGGUGUCCUUGUCUGUCGACGGCCUGACGUACACUCUAAAGAUAAAGGAUGUGAAAGUCAGUGACACUGGAGACUACACCAUCAGCAUUGGAGAUCUCAACGCCACCGUGCCUCUUUUUAUUGAACGAAUCCCUAUCAAGUUCACGACUCAGCUGAAAAAUGUCCGCGUACAGGAGAGGGCUAAGGCCCACCUCGAGUGUGAGAUGAACUCCAAAGAUGUGCAUGUCCGCUGGCUGAAGGACGGGUGUGACAUCACUGCGAGCCGUCACUACAUAUUCAUGCACGAAGGCAAAAGGGCAGAGGUCAUUAUCGAGGAUUGUGAGCUGACGGAUGCGGGAGAGUAUUCUGUGGUCUGCACCCAGGACAAUGACACACACGAAUAUGUGGCCUCUGCCAAUCUGACAGUGGAUGAACGCUUCGCCUCAGUGAAGAGCGGCCUGUCAGACACUCAGUGUGGAACCGGUUCUCUCGCCGAGCUGUGUGUUGUUCUAGAUGACGAGAAGGUGGAUGGAGUGUGGCUGAAGGAUGGACAGGAGAUUUCAGAACAGAGUGCGGUUCAGGUGGUCAAACAGGGGGCUGUCCACAAGCUGAUGUUUUCAGGUGUCACUCAGUCACACGAGGGGAAGUACACCUUCAGAGCCAAGGGAGCUGAGAGUGAGGCCGUGCUCACCAUUGCCGAUCCUCCAGAGAUAGACUGCUCUGUGUUGGACUGUUUGGUGGCUCAACCUGUGACUGUGAAGGCUGGACAGACCGCCACCAUAAACAUCCCCUUCAGAGGAAAACCACUGCCCAAGAUUACGUGGUACAAAGAUGGGGCCGAGGUCCUGGAGGAUGAACGAACCAAAGUAGAGAGGACAGCUGACGUCACCUCUCUGAUACUCAGCAGGUGUGUACGAGAGGACAGCGGUGUGAUUAUGCUCCGUCUGAAGAGUGACUGUGGCACAGCUGUUGCAAAUCUGCAGCUCAACGUCAUCGACCACCCAAAGCCUCCUCAGGGGACGGUGGAGUUCUCUGAGCUUUCAGGGAGGUGUAUAAAAAUGAAAUGGAAGGCUCCCCGUGAUAACGGGGGCAAGCCCAUAACUGGCUUUGUGAUUGAGCGGCGAGCGGCAGGUAAAAAGUCUUGGACCAGGACAGGUGAGGUGGACAGCAGCGCCACCACUUUCACUGAUGACCAAGUGGAUGAAGGUCAGAUGUACCAGUACCGCAUUAGGGCUGUGAAUGAAGCGGGAAUGAGUGAACCUCUGGAAACUGAAGAGGUCCGUGCUGGAGAGCCUGUAGCUCCACCUGGCACAGCCUCCCAGCCACAAGUGUCUAAUGUGACAAAGAGCACCAUGACAGUGAGCUGGACUCCUCCAGGUGAUGACGGAGGAGCCCCGGUCCUGGGCUACUUUCUGGAAAGAAGAAAAAAAGGCAGCAAUAUGUGGCUGCAGGUCAACACAGAGAUGCUCACAGAUUCCAGAGUGAUCGUGGACGGCUUGGUGGAAGCGGUGGAGUAUGAGUUUAGAGUCACCAGUGUGAACAGGGCUGGAGCAGGUUCUUCUAGCAUUGUUUCCAAUGCUGUGCUCGCUAAAGAUCCAAUACGUUCUCCUGGUCUGGUGAGAAAUCUCUGUGUCACUGACUCUACAAACUCCUCCAUUUCUCUGCGCUGGACAUCUCCAGAGCAAGGGGAUGAACCUUCAGGCUACAUCCUGGAGGUGCGUCCUUCAGAUGCUAAAGAGUGGACGAAAGCUACUAAAAUACCCAUUGCUGGCACUGUGUUCACUGUUGGAGGACUUCAGGAGUGCACAAAGUAUCACUUCCGUAUCCGAGCCGUAAAUGAAGGAGGUCUGGGGGAGAGUAUUCAGUUGCAGGAAGGUGUAUUAGCCAUGCCUCCACCUGUGCCACCCAGGUUUGACCUCCAGGGAAAGCUGAAGAACCAGAUGGUGAUCCGAGCAGGGGCAACACUGUGUCUGCACCUAAGCUUCACUGGUUCACCUCCCCCGGUAGUUACCUGGUAUAAAGACGGCGUCCUCACCACAGGAAGAGAGGUCAUCACCAAGAGCAAGACUAACUCCCAGUUGCUCAUUUCCUCCUCUCAAAGAUCUGACUCUGGUGUUUUCCGUGCCCAUCUGAGGAAUGACUAUGGGGAGACUCACUAUGACGUCAAUGUCAGAGUUACUGACUUUCCUCGCCCCCUAAAGAACCUGCGUCUUGUAGAGGAGGUCCCAGGCACUGUGACCCUGCAGUGGGACCACUCCCCAGACUUGUCUGAUGAAGUUGAUGGAGCCCAUUAUGUCAUCCUGAAGAGAGACACCAGCACUACGUCCUGGUUUACUUUAGCCGAGCGCGUCUUUAGCAGCAGGUACACCGUGACUGGAAUACUUCCUGGGAGGAAGUACUUCUUCAGGGUCAUUGCACAAAACUCCAUAGGGGACAGCGACCCUCUGGACUCAAAAGAACCUUUUGUCAUCGCUAAGGAAAAGGAGUGCUUUGGCAGUUUGCAGUUGAAAGAAUAUGCCUCCGCCCCACGUCAGGUGAAACCUACUUUCUUGUUGCCUCUUAAAAACCAUGCCGUUCGCAAAGGACACGACUGCACCAUGAGCUGUGCAUACCAGGGCAUGCCAACUCCACAGGCCUGCUGGUAUAAAGGAGAAACAAAGAUCUCUGACUCUCCUCAGUUCUGGCACAGCACUGCUAACGGAGUGUGCACCCUGGUUAUUCCCACCUGUGCUGUCAAGGACGCUGGAGAGUACACACUGGUAUUAGAGAACCCACUGGGCUCGGCCAAGAGCUCCUGCAACCUGGUGAUCUUUGAUAAGGAUGACAGGAGUCUUUUGGAGACUCUGAGCAACCAUGCCAACAGAGAGAAAGUCAUUUUCAGAGAGUUGUGAAUGAUGCGCUGCUGAAAGUGCUCUUUGACUGGUGUCUUAUGUGUGAGCUGCAUGAACUGAUGACACUUUACACAAUUACAGAAAUGCAAAGUGACUUCACUCUUUUCCUCUGACAGUACCUAAAGUGACCACAAGGGGUCAUACAAAGACAUUGUCACGCUCACAAUAUCACCCUGCUCAGUGAGACUCACUGAAUUUCUCAGAUGACUUUUUCUUCUAUUAUUUGACUUCGGUCCAGAUCAGAGUGCCAUCUAUUUUAGCUUCCAGUGUUUUUGUGCUCUCUACUAUAAAGAAAUAUUUUACUUCCACCUUGAAUGCAAUCACUUAAUU